AUGUUUUCGGCUUUCAAACGCCCAAGAGAAGAGGACGAGGCCGGCUUUGGAGAGCAUGAAACCAAGAAAUUCCGGGGAAACCUGAACUUCUCCUCUCCACGUACAACCCUACCGUUCCUCAUCCCAACUCCACCGCCCGUGCCCCCGCCAUCAGUCGAUGAAGAGCAUCCCUGUUCGAACGCCGUGCCUGAAUCGUUUCGGGAGUGGCGCGAGGAGAAAAAGCCAGCCCUACAGAACCGCCGUCCACCGACUUUGACCGUGGACACUGCCAUGGAUAUCGACAUGGUGGAUUCCUAUCCGCUCCAGAACGGGGACAACUUGUCCCCGUGGCCUGUGAGCGCAAUAGCAGCAGCAACAAAAGGAAAUGGCAGUGGAGGAGGAGGAGUUCGCUCUCAGCCCUCGCCUAUCCCUCAGCAUCUUGUCAGCCAGUCUCUUAAUAUCAGUGGGGGACGUGCUGCCACUCCGAUCCACGGCCACUUUACACUGAACAUGCGUCCGGAGCGAAUGACAGAAUCCAACAGCAUCAACAGUCCGGUCUGUCUCCCGUCGAAAACCGCUGAAGAGGCAGACUGGUGGCGUCGACGACGGCUUCCGAGUCCCAUUAGUGAAUCGGGAGACACUGCCGAAGAGCAGCAGUUGAACGAGCCGCUAACUUCUCCUCCUAUCGACGAAGAAGACACUCUAGACAUGUCCAACUGGCCGGACUCUCCAUCGUCGAUGGCUGUUGAUAGCGACAUCACAUCACCACCACCACAAACGUUUUUGCAGGUGCCAGAGCAGAGCCUCGACAUCCCAGCUCGUCUAUAUAGCGACGACCAUCAUCACAUGGCCGCAAUAUCAGAACCAGUAACGACAGCAACGACAAGAAGAAAAGGAAAAAUCAGUUUUGCAAUGGGCUACCGCGCCGACUGCGAAAAGUGCCAAAUGAAAGUCCCCGGGCAUUACAGUCAUAUUGUCCGUUCAUAA